AUGGUAUACCCGACGCAGUCAAACAACGGGACCCCGUACACCAAUGAUGGACCUUUGUCAAAUUCUGCUCUAACAAGAGUGAACGGUACUCUAACCGAUUUCUCAAGAGCUAUAGAAACUGGCAAAAGCCAUGUCAAUCAUACAGUUGAUGACCAUUUAGUAGUUCGCAAUCUAGCACAAGAUUUCUCCCAGGCAGACAACGAACAUGAACAACUGCCGCUACCCAAUGAAGAAUCACACUUCAACAGUAAUGAACACCCUACAUGUCAAUGCUUUGAACCAGACAAUGAGUUGAUUAUACCACCAACACCAACUCUUGUUGCCUACAUGGAUAUUGGUGACCCAAACAAUAUAUGCGAACACUGCAACGCAAUCUAUUGGUUUGAGGAGCGUGUUAAUAAGGCUGUGCGUAGCGGAACAGCUAAAUAUUCAACGUGCUGCGGUCAUGGGAAGAUCAAACUACCCAAAAUGUCUUUACCUCCAAAAAGGAUUUUCAACUUAUUCUUUGAAAGAGGCACCAAACGGAAUGAAUUUUUAAAACACAUAAGGAGGUACAAUAACAUGUUUUCUUUUACGUCGUUGGGGGCUAAGGUAGAUAAAUCCAUCAACCUUGGGAAUUGCCCACCGAUAUUUAGGAUAAAUGGGCAAAAUUACCAUUUAAUGGGAGGACUACUGCCAGAUGUUGGUAAGAGCCCGAAGUUUGCUCAGUUAUACAUCCAUGUCACGGAGAACGAGGUAGAGAACCGCAUCAAUGCAUUCAGUGGUGCUGAAAUGAAGGACAAAACGCAUGUUGAUAUAGUUCAAGAUAUCAAGCAAGAUCUAGAUGAGCACAAUGUGUUGGUGCAAUCUUUUCGAUGGGCAAAAGCUCAGAUUGACAACAAUCCACAAGUAAAUUUUAAGAUGAGGCUGAUUGGUAGGCGGCAGAGUGAUGCCAGAACAUACAAUUUGCCCACUGCUUCUGAGGUUGCUGCUUUAAUUGUUGGCGAUCUAGACCCUACACUAGGGCAACGAGAUAUAAUAGUGGAGACAAAGGCCGGGUCACUUAAGAGAAUAAACGAGCUCAAUCCAGCAUACUUGCCGUUGCAAUAUCCUAUUUUGUUCCCGUUAGGCGAAGAUGGUUAUCGUGAAGAUAUCCAGUACUGUACUACAGCUACAAAAACAACUGGCGCUAGGGUUCGUGUUUCCCAGCGGGAAUAUUUUGCUUACAGAAUCCACGACAGGUUCAGUGAACUGUCAACAAUGUUAUAUGCGAGACGACUGUAUCAACAGUUCCUGGUUGAUGCUUACACCAUGGUGGAAUCCGGCAGGUUACUUUACAUUCGCAAUAAUCAGAAGGCAUUGCGGUGUGAGGCAUACAAGGGGCUGAUUGAUGCUCUGACUAGGGGGGAGGUUGAUACAAACAAGCAAGGUAAGAGGAUCAUAUUACCUUCGACUUUCACAGGGGGUGCUCGAUAUAUGAUACAGAAUUAUCAGGAUGCAAUGGCCAUUUGCAGACAUAAGGGGUAUCCUAACUUAUUUAUAACAUUCACAUGCAAUCCUAAGUGGCCUGAGAUUCAAAGAUUUAUGGACAAAUGCAACCUCAAUGCAGAAGAUAGGCCAGACAUUGUAUCUAGAGUCUUCAAGAUGAAGUUGGAUGCUUUAGUGAAAGAGAUACGCAAUGGCAAGCUAUUUGGUAUUGUAACCGCAGUGGUGUAUACUAUAGAAUUUCAGAAACGUGGGUUACCACACGCUCACAUACUCAUAUUCCUAGAAAGAUUGACCGAAGGCUUUUCAGCUAAUCACAUGGAUGAGUUCAUAUCUGCCAAAAUACCUAACAAGGAACAAGACUAUGAGUAUUAUAAAGCUGUUGGGGAAUUUAUGAUGCACGGGCCAUGUGGACAAGAAAGACCUAAAUCUCCGUGCAUGGUCAAUAAAAAGUGCUCUAAACAUUUUCCCAAAAAAUUUGUUGAGGUAUCCACAUUGGAUGAUGACGGUUACCCAAUCUACAGGCGUCGUGACAAUGGUGCAACAGUCGAAAGAAAUGGGGUGCAUUUGGACAGCAGGUACUGUGUUCCGCACAAUAGAUAUCUAUUGUUGAAAUACAAGGCACAUAUAAACGUUGAAUGGUGCAACCAAUCAAGAUCAAUCAAAUAUUUGUUCAAGUAUGUCAACAAAGGGAAUGAUAGGGUGACUGCUGAAUUCUACAAGACCACAAAUGAUGAAAACGAAAAUGUAGCCGUGGAUGAAAUUACAAUGUAUUACGACUGUCGAUACGUGUCCGCGUGUGAGGCAGCUUGGCGAUUGUUGAGUUUCGAUGUACAGCUUAGGCACCCCCCCGUUGAGAGACUAAGCUUCUAUUUGCCAGACUGCCAAACAGUUGUUUUUGAGGAUGAUGAUAGGAUUGAAAAUGUGCUUAAUAGACCGACUGUCAAUCAAAGUAUGUUCACCGCAUGGUUUUAUGCUAACAAGAAAUAUGCAUCUGCUAAAGAGUUGUCUUAUAUUGACAUGCCAAGUAAAUUUGUGUGGAAGAAAGAUAUUAGGGAAUGGCAUCCUAGGAAGAGGGGUUUCUCUAUUGGACGCAUAUUUUUUGUACCUCCUGGUAGUGGUGAAGUUUACUACUUGAGAUGUCUUUUAAACGUAGUCCGUGGUCCGACGAGUUUUCAAGACAUCAAGACAGUUCAAGGUGUUGUAUACCCAACUUUUAGAGAUGCAUGCUAUGCUAGAGGGCUGCUAGACGAUGAUAGAGAAUACAUUGAUGCAAUUAAUGAAGCAAGUAAUUGGUCUACUGCCCAAUCUUUGAGGAAAUUAUUUGUCAUAUUACUCACUGCAAACUUGGUGAAUCGACUUGAGAAUGUGUGGAAUCACGUAUGGCACCAUCUAUGUGAGGAUUGCCAAUAUAACAGGAGAUUAGUGCUGAAAGACAUGGGGUUGCGAUUGUCUGAUGAUGAGAAGAAAAACCUAGGUCUUCUUGAACUAGAGCUUUUAUUGCAGCUGUACAACAAGUGUUUGAAAGAUUACCCGCAAAUGCCAAAUCCAAAUUAUGAUGAUGCAUUAUUGGGGGGGGGGUUGUUCUUUGUAUAUGGUUAUGGAGGUACAGGAAAAACGUUUGUUUGGAAAGCAUUAUCUUCGAAGAUAAGAUCGGCAGGUGAUAUUGUACUGAAUGUUGCAUCAAGUGGUAUUGCAUCAUUACUACUCCCAGGAGGUCGAACAGCUCACUCAAGGUUCGCCAUUCCAAUUGCAGUUAACGAGGAUUCCACGUCCAACAUUAGUCAAGGUAGUCAACUGGCCGAACUGCUAAUCCAAGCCAAGCUAAUCAUAUGGGAUGAAGCACCCAUGAUGCACAAACACUGUUUUGAGGCUUUGGAUAAGACAAUGCGAGACCUUAUGCGGUAUAGCAAUCCUCAGAGCGUGCAUAAGACAUUUGGCGGGAAGACAGUGGUAUUAGGGGGUGACUUCAGGCAGAUAUUACCGGUCGUUCCUAAAGGCUCUCGGCAAGAUAUUGUGUCUGCUGCAAUCAACUCAUCUUACCUGUGGGAGUCAUGCCGAUCUGACUCAACGAAUGGUAUACUAUAUGAUAUGCACACUCCAGAAUUUUUAAACGGGUUGAAAGCUUCGGGCAUACCCAACCACUCUUUAACUUUGAAGAUUGGGUCUCCCGUAAUGUUGUUGAGAAAUAUAGAUCACUCAAUGGGACUUUGUAAUGGUACAAGAUUGAUCAUUACUAGGUUAUCUGAUCAUGUUGUAGAAGCAAAGAUUGUCGAAGGCCACAAUGCCGGUAAUGUCGUGUUGAUACCAAGGAUGUCCAUGACUCCAACUGAUACAAGAUUGCCAUUUAAAUUUCAAAGAAGGCAAUUUCCCCUAAUGCUGUCAUAUGCAAUGACUAUCAACAAGAGCCAAGGACAGACUUUAACACACGUCGAGCUACUACUAAAGAAACCCGUAUUUGUUCAUGGUCAACUAUAUGUGGCUGCUUCAAGGAUUAGUAACCCUUCUGGGUUAAAAAUUCUAAUACCCAAUGAAGGAGGUGAGAGUAGUAACUACACUACCAAUGUUGUGUACCAUGAAGUUUUUAAUAAUUUGUAA